AUGAAAGCGAAGGAGUUAUUAAGUAAAGUUGAAUCAAAAACCUUUUCUUCUACUGUUUCAAGUAAUUCAAAAUCAACAACACUUCAAUUGGAUGAACAAAUAAAUAAAAAUGAUAAAACACCAUGGAAUAUGUUUGGAAAAGCCCAAAAUAUUUUAGAUACUACAAAAAAACAGUGUCUUCAAGAUAGUGUAACGAAAAGUAGAACAAAUAGUAACAUAAAUGAGUCCAACAACCAAUUCAUUAAAGAACUAGAUUUUGAUUUUGAUCAAUCGAUCUCUCAAACAUCUUUGUCUGAAUUAUAUAAUGGCGUUGAAGAAAUUGUCGAAAUGCACUCUUUUGAUAAUGAAGAAUUAAAUUCUUUGAUUGAAUGUGGUUCGUUAGAUAGUAAUGAAACAGAGGAACGUAUAGAUACAGCUGGUGUGGAUCAAGGUGAUUCUUCUGUAAGUGAAAGUGAUUCAACUAUUGGAGCUUUUGAUACCUUUGCUCAGAUAACUAGAGUAGGACAAAAGUCAUUUACUGCAAAAGACAUUAAAGAUACUACAGAAUCAAAGACUACAAACCAAGGAGUAAAUCAUUUGAAAGUGAGUUUUUGUUCGUCCGAGGAAAUUUUUGACGAUCAAAGCUCUACAGCAUCAGUCACUGGAAUACCUGUUUUACAGGGUGUGAUAUCAGAUGUUAUGAGCCAAAUUGAUUUAGAUUGUGUUGCAUCUCAUAAAACAAUCACCCCACCUAAAGUACCUAUUACUGAUGUUGUUGAAAUAAGCAGUGAUGAGGAAGUGACUGUGGAUGUUCCAAAAUCACAUUCCUUAAGUGUCAAGCAAAUUCAAACACAAGAAAAAGAAGUGAAAUCCUAUAAUUUAAAGGAAGAUGAAUUGAUAGAAAUACAUGAAUUAGAAGCUAAAAUGUACAAAGGAGUUACUAUAAAACGAGCAACAAGUACCUGUAAACCAAUUAAUAUUGAAAUGCCACCGUGCAUCAUUGUUACAAAUAUUACAUCUGAUGCCGAUAGAAUAGCAUGUAACAAAAUAUUAGAAAUUAAAAAAGAUACUGCUCAGAAAUACCAGGAUAUUGAAAUGAUGAAGCUUGUCUCAAAUGCUGGUAGUAAAAGGGAUGAAAAUGAAUUGAAUGAGAUUUAUACACACAAAAUAACAGUUAAAAGUGCCAAUGAAAAAUUACUAAAAGAAACGGAAAAAAUGAAAAAAGAAGCUAAAGAAAUCGAAGAAAGAAGAAAAAAAGAAGCUGAAAGAAAGAAUAAAGAAGAUGAAAGAAUGAAACAAGAAGAUAAAGAAAGAAAGAAAAAAGAAGAUGAUGAAAGAAAGAAAAAAAUAGAAGACGAAAGGAAGAAAAUAGAAUUAGAUAGAAAGAAAAGAGAGCUUGAAAAGAAACUGCUAAAUGAUUUAUACGAAAGAAAGAAAAAAGAAGAGGAAGAAAGAAAGAUCAGAGAAGAGAAUGAAAAAAAGAAAAAAGAAGAAAAUGAAAGACAGAUAAAAGAAUUACAAGAAAAAAAUAAAAUAGAUGAAGAAAAAAGGGAAAAGGAAAAAAUAGCACUGGCCAAUAAGUAA